UUUAAUCGACUGAAGGCUGUAUUUCACAGUUUAUAUAGGCUAAACUUAAAGAGCACGAGUCGCCCGUGUGAUAAUAAUGAGUUGAAAAGUCAGCAGAUGGCGCUUUAUCUGCUUCAUAAUUAUUGAGUUGAAUUGAACAGACAGCAGAGGGCGCGCUAUCGCGCUUCAUCUGGCGCAUGCGCAGUGUCACGUUCAUGUUUGGAGCCGCACAAUGGGCGGAGAUCUCUGCUGUUUCCUUCCAAAAAUCAACUGAUGAUCAACCCACGGGAAACGGUUUCCAUGUAGCGGGUUUAGAGAGAUAUGCCAGGACUUAAAGUGAUGGACUGGCUGUUUGACAGGAUUUCCUUGCAGAAGGAUGAUCUGUCGAUUAUAAUAUCGUUUGAUUAACACAUUGCACCGGUUCCGUAUUCAUUGCAUCCCACAUCCAUUCAGGAUCCUGUCUUUGGAUUAACGAGGUCUAAAACUCAGUUUUCCAGCCAGUAUUUGUGUUUUUAUCCGUGGUCCAUCUUUGCAAAGUCAUGGAGCCCAACAUGGAGUACAUAGUGGCGCAGGUCACGCAGAAAGAGGUCGGACGUCGGUUUCAAGUCGGGCCGGAAAUCAUAGACUACAUCGUGGACAGACAGAAGUCACAUGACCUGGAGCACGAUCAGAGCAUGCUGGACAGGAUGGUGGACAGUCUGGCAACCUCGUGGGUCAACGCGAGCAAUUUCAAGGAAGAGUCACUCCUGUUCUCACGGAUUCAGUGAGACUCUUGGUCUUUACGAAAGUGGAAACGGAUUUAUAAUUUCACAGAACUGCAUUUUUGGAUGACAGACAGUUUGCAUUAAAUGAAAAAUGUAGGUUAUGCUUGUAAACUACAGACGUUGAAGGACUAAAGCUGCUGAUUUGAAGUAUUUAAGGAACAUGAUAUACAUUAGGAGGUUUUUGAAUUGCAUUGAUCUCUUGUCGCUUCUACUGUUCAAUCGUUAGUGUUUUAUAUUCUACUGGUUGUCAUUCUUUGGUGAUUUAGCCUGAAAACAAUGUUUGGUUUGAGAAGUCGCUCAGUUUCAAUCUAAUUUUCCUCUCAUCAUCUUUACUGUGAUUUAUCUUUGGCUUUAUUUAAGUUCUUGAUCAGUUUGGCUACAAUGUUUUCAUCGUUCUGUCAGAUAAAUAAAAAAAUUAUG